AUGAGGACCGUCGAAGAGUUCAAGAUCGAUCAAUGGAGCUCGUUUACUGCCGCCCCUUCCAUCAACGAGCUGAAGAAGCUUUCCACCAACCCCGAACUCGAGAUCCUGAACCCCGACCUCAAGCUUAGCUAUGGAAACCACGACGGCAAAGACAAGCUGCGCGACAGCAUCGCCGCUCUACACUCCUCGGGAGACAAGAAGCUGACCCGCGACAAUGUCGUCAUCACGCCCGGCUCCAUCAUGGCCAACUACAUGCUUCUGGAAACCAUCUGCGGCCCAGGCGAUCACGUCGUCUGCCAGUACCCAACUUACGGACAACUCUACCUGAUCCCCAAAUUGAACGGCGUCGACGUCAGUCUCUGGAAGAUGAACGACGGUAACGCGUGGCUUCCGCGGAUCGAGGAACUGGAGCAGAUGAUUAAGCCCAACACCAAGGCCAUCAUCUUGAAUAAUCCAAAUAACCCGACCGGCGCCGUCCUCAAAAAAGAAACCCUCCUCCGCGUCAUCGAAAUCGCAAAGAAGACCAACAUCACCGUCUUCAGCGACGAAGUCUUCUCCCCGUUAUUCUUCACCGACGCGAAGCCCCCGUCGAUCGUGUCCCUUGGCUACGCCAACACCGUCGCCACCGGCUCUCUCUCCAAGGCCUUUGCCCUCCCCGGCAUCCGUCUCGGCUGGAUCAUCACGGAGAACGCCGAGCUCGUCAAGGCCAUCAACAUGAAGCGCGCCUACACGACCAUCGCCGUAUCGCAGAUCGACGGCGGCAUUGCGUCGUUUGCACUCGACCCAGCCGUCACGCCAGCCCUCAUGGAGCGGAAUAUCCAGCUGUGUCGCGAGGGGCUGGACCUGAUUGAAGGGUUGGUGAAGCGGAACCCGGACCGCGUGAAGUGGGUUAAGCCUGAGGGCGCGGGCACGGCGUUCAUUCAGGUCCUUGAUGGGAAGGGCGCGCCGGUUGACGAUGUCGACUUUUGCACGAAGCUGGCGGAGACCGAGAGUGUCUGUCUCAUUCCCGGAGGAUUCUGUUUUGGCGAAGGCGGGGAGGGUGACUUCAAGGGAUACAUGAGGAUCAUACUUGGAGACCCCGAGCUGCUGCGACAGGGACUCCCAGCCAUGGAGCGCUUCAUCCGUAGCUACCCGUAG